AUGGAGACCUCGAUACCUACCUCUAACGAGCCUGCCGAAAGCCCUGUCAAUGCGCGCCCGAAAAGAUCCAGGACAGGUUGUUUGACUUGCAGAAACCGUCGACGAAAGUGCGACGAAAGAAAACCGAUCUGUCAGAACUGCAUGUCGAAAGGACUUGAGUGCCGAUAUGCGGCUGCGUUCCAGAUUCUCGGGAAACACAAUUUUACGCCAGAGGUCAAGACUGAUGUGAAGUAUGCCAUUGUUCGUUUUGCUGGAGACAAUAGCGAUGAUGGCAAAGCGCCGGCCUCGAAGAAGACAUGCCAACCAGUAACGACAACUGAUGAUCAGCAUUGUCGAUUGUCGACGCAAACAGACUCCACCACUACACAUUCGCAGGCAGCAACCGACCCAUUUGACACCACUAAACAUACCGUUUCGAGCCAUUCGCCAUCACCGAAUAGCUACGAGUUUGCAGUGCAUGGUUUGUUGGCACUUGGUUCUACCUUCGAAGAACCAGGGGCGAACGCUCUACCAGCAUUACCAGCAUCCGGAGUUGGUGAGGAGCAGUCAGUUUCGACGUAUGACUUUGCUAGUGACGAUAAUCUGAGCCCAGCCUUGGAUGGCAGCAUUAUGCAAAAACGACCAGGAAUACAUCGGAAAGGAACCGAACAGAUUUCGGUACGGAGCUUUGGUACGAUUGGCCAUAGCACGCCUGGUACAUCUUCACGUUUCGAGAAUUUUGAGGGCCUUGGACGCUUGACUCAGGCUUAUGAAGCUUCGAAUUCCAAUGCGUCGAUCCCAGCAGAAACUCUCACUAUGAGUACGGCGAUAGCCGCUCCUAGCCUGGAGCUUUUAACGUUCUUUAGGUACAACGUUGCGCCUUGGUUGGAUAUCUGUGACAGUGAGCAACAAUUUGGUGUGAGUUUGUUGAUAAAAUCGGCGCAGGUGCCGUGUUUGCGCACCGCCAUCAUGCAUUUGGCCGCAGCUUCGUCAAGUAUGGCGUGGGCAUCGGGAGAAAUGAGAGUCGGCAGAUCCACAUCAGACAGGAGCAGGAGCAUUGAUAUUGCGUCAGAUAUUGCCGUAGAGACAGUCGUAGACGUGUUCAACGUUUUGGCUGAUGCAACACCCAAUCUCGCCGCGUUCUGGCUUAGAGAUGACAGAGGAAAAACUCGAACACGUUUGCUGGAGAGGCUGCUGCUGGGACUCGGCCUUUCUGAUCUUAGCACCUGCGCCUACUGGUUGUUGGUCAGAAUAGAGCUGAGCUGCGCACUGAUGGAACGCAACAACCGCAUUCCUCUCCCGUUCCUGACCGGACAAUAUAAUCAAGUCAGAACCAAUGACCCGAGAGCGCAGUGCGCAUACGAUACUAUCGCUUUGUGUGUGGAUGCUGCCAUGUUCACUCAGGGUGAUGAUGACCAGUGGCUUCAACAACGUCACGGAACCAAUCGCGUAGAGGUAUGGAAGGCGUUGGUUCAAGGCUUUGCUAACUGGUACAUGCAUCGACCGCAGGCGUUCCAGCCGAUCGUCGAGUUGUACCCAAAAGACGGUAUGCUGGCCGAUGACGACUAUCCGACGAUUCUUUUCACCAGUGGAGCGGCGCUUCUUGCAAAUCAACUAUACCACACAGGCAUGCUUCUUUUACUGCAGAACAAGCCUCGAUUUGCUGAGAAUCGGAGCCAGAACUCUCCGUCAAUGUCAACAUUGUGGCACGCACACCGCAUCUGUGGUAUUGCGAUACAGAACGACAGACCGGGCUGGUGGGAUCCUUGUCUUAUCGCAUCGCUGGUCGUCGCUGGUCGUACGGCAACACACGCGAGCCAACACAACGUGAUAGUCAGCGCGCUUCAAUCCGUUCAGCAGUUGACUGGCUGGAUCAUCGACCCAUACAUGGAUCAGUUGAGGAGUGAGUGGCAGCUGGCUGACAGUUGGGGAUAA